AUGGACUACUCUACAGAACACAUCGCCGACGCUUACCAGUCAAAGCGACUCGAGUACGUCCGAGCCGACAAGACCGAUGAAAACCUUAAAAAGAUCGCUCUCACAAUCCUUCAAGAUCCUGUCAUCCAGGCCCUUUCAGCACCCACCAUGCUCUUGCCAAAGGGGCCCAAGGAGGUCGACUCAUACAUAGAGUCGGUUGUCAAUUCUUUGCUCGGUGUCGCUAUAUAUCUCAGAGAUGAUGCCGAUGACGAGACAGAAGACAAAGACAAGAAGCCUCGAACCAUCAUUGGCGUCAUGUGCAUCGGCUGGGGAGGCAUCUCACCCACAGUUGCCCAUCAUCGGACUGCCGAGAUUGGCAUCUCUCUUAUUAAAGAGCAUCAGGGCAAGGGCUACGGUAGAGAAGCCAUCAACUGGAUGGUGGACUGGGGCUUCCGACACGCUGGCCUGCAUACAAUUGGUAUGACUACUACCGAUUACAACCCCCGAGGAGUAUAUCUUUACGAGAGUAUUGGUUUCAAGCUGGAAGGCAGAAGACGGCAGACUGUUUGGAUGAACCGCAAGUGGUACGAUCUGAUCGAGUUUGGAAUGACGGAAGACGAAUGGGAAUCACUUCGGGGUCUUGAUACGAAAGAAACAUAG